AUUAAAUUAGAUAAAUUUUCUUGUACAAUAAGUGUGCAAGGGUUUGUAAGCGAAAGGGUCUCGCAACUCACCGAUCAGUGUCAGUAGUCUCUCUCAACCAUCUUGGAACGAGAAGCGAAGAUGCCUAUCAGAUGUAUUCUGCAUUGGCAACCCAACCAAGGAACUGUCGUGAACAGCCAAGUCCUGAACGAAAUCUCGCAGUGCGUGGAAACCCUAAACGGCGUCAAAGAAGGAAGAUGCAAAGCCUCUCUCACAUUCUACAGACCUAAUUUACGAGACCAGUCCGUAACAAUCGAUUUUCCGCGUGAUUUUUUGGGGAUUUCGAUGCUGGAGCUGCCCAACAAAUACUUCUUCAUCAUUCGCGGCCAGAAGAUUGUUUUGGAGGCCGAUUCUUCUAUCUUGCUUAUCAUGGAGAAACUCCAGUCCUACAAGUCCAAAGUUGCCCUUAAUUUUGAGGGGGUGCUCUAUAAAUUGGGUGACUUUCAGAUUAGAGUCAUUAAAGUUGUUCCCAAUCAAGCGGAAAGUCUCAGGGGAAUUAUGGUUGAGAUUGAGUACCUCCCUAUUUCUUCAAUUGAAAAAUCUAAGCAAAUCAUGGAAGAGUUCAUUGAUAUAUGGAAAGAAAUCGUAGCAAAAAAAUCAUUAGCUGGUCAGUUCAUGCAUGCCGAACCAAAUUAUGCAGAAUAUGGGCUUGGUGACAAUUAUACUUCUCAACAUACAGCUGUUCAGUAUGCUGCUGCAUUGGCCCAAUUAAUUCAGUCUGCACAAGUACGGAACUAGGACCGAUGAGAAGACCUUCAUUAUCUGUUGUUGUUUGAAAGAUGAAAGACUACUUUCUGUUUUACUGAACAACCAAUUGUCUAAGUUCAAUAAUUUGUUGUGUCUACCUCACUUAUAUUCAGUUGAUUAUAACUAAAUUAUCAAUCUUUAAGGUUGGUUUAUCCGUCAUUCA